AACGCUGCUCCAACAAUUUUAAGCACAGAAAAUAUGAGAAAGAGAGAGACGAAGAAGAAAGAGGGUCGCAAGUCCUCGGUGACGGAGCUUCUGGAAACGCCUUUGCCAAUGCCGACUUCUUCUUCUCCUCCUCCUCCAAACGAGUCUCCGAAAUCGGCUUUCUUCAUGACCAAGAAGAAGAAUACGGCCUCGGCCUCGAAGUUCGACGAGGACACGUUGCUGCCUACUCCUCUGAAAGCCUUAAGCAGCAUCUCCGAUCUCAAGGACCUCGCCUCUUCACGCCUCGACCAUCUCAAGCGCCACAUCGACCACUCACACUCCGAGAUCCUCAAGGACCUCGACGCUUCCCAGUCUCGCCUCCACAAGCGCUUCAAGAUUCAGACUCAAGCAUGCCAACAAGUGAUGGAUGAAGCAGAGAAGGAAUAUAAGAAGAUGUUUGAACGGAUCAGUGAAAGCCGGGAAGCAAUGAAGGCUUCAUAUGCAGAGUUCAUGGCAGAUGCACAGGCCAGUGCAACUCGUGCGUGCAAAACAUCCAUUACCGAGCUUUCACAAUCCUGUGAGAAAUCAAUGGAUGCUCUCCGGAGCCGUUUUGGGAUUCCGUCCACUUAGACAUCGCUUGUCCAUGCCACUCAGUAACAAGAGUUCUUAGGUGUCCAUAGUUGAAAAGAAAAACAGUAUGGAUUCUGGAGGAUCGAUUACGAGUAGCAGAUCAGGUGUGAUAAGUAAACUACUACUGUUGCAUGAACACUUGAUGUUCCACUUCAUAGUGACAAAUGUAUUUCUUUCUUCCUAUCAAAAUGAUAAGCAAUGGGCAGCAUUGAAUACAUAUUGAAUACCUUAAAAUGUGGCCAGUACAGAAAAUGAGGCCAUUCCUGCAUAAAUGACAAAUUACUGACAGUUAUAGAUCAAUGGUGCCAUUGUUGAGAUUUCACUA